AUGGUUCCUCCAAGCCUCGAGCUCACCAAGGCUGUCGUUCCUCUCACUUGCCAUGGCCACUCGCGCCCCGUUACCCAUCUCAGCUUUUCUGGAUUCGUUGGAGACGAGGAAUAUUAUAUGAUCUCUGCUUGCAAGGAUAAUAACCCUAUGCUUCGAGAUGGUUUGACUGGAGAUUGGAUUGGGACUUUCUUUGGACACAAAGGCGCUGUUUACCAAGCCCGUCUGUCCCCUGAUGCCAACAAUGCAGCUACCGCUUCUGCGGACUUCACUGCUAAGAUAUGGGACACCUACACCGGCGAAACGCUCUGCACGAUUCAACACCACCAUAUCGUCCGCGCUAUCGCAUUUCCUCCUGAAAAUAGCAACUUGCUCGCCACGGGGGGUAUGGAAAAGAAGCUCCGAAUUUUUGACCUCUCGACAUUCGAUGCUAUUUCGGCCCCCUCUCUCCCAGCGACCAACGGCACUUUGAUCGCCGAAAAGAAUGAAUCGACACCCGGACGCCAACUCAUAAACGCAGAUGCAGGCUUCGAGGUCGGUGUUGGUGUUCACCAGGGCACAAUCAAGUCUAUUGUCUGGACUCGGGACCCAAAUGUCCUCGUCACUGCUGCCGACGAUAAGGUUAUCCGAUGGUGGGACUUGCAGACUCGAACUGUUGUUCAGGAGUUAGUCGUUCAAGGUGAUGUUGGAACAUGCGAAUUUACAAACAGUAAGCCAGAACAAGAUGACAUUGGUGGUGGUCUUCCUGUUCUGUGCAUCGCCGCUGGUAAGACUAUUUACUUCUACGGAGGAAGUGAUGCUAGGACUCUGAUCAGGAGUAUCAACCUUCCGUACGAAGUCGCUAGCGUUGCGUUGCAUCCAGCUCAGCGAAAGUACAUUACUGGAGGCGCGAAAGACACGUGGGCAAAGGUUUACACUUGGGAUGACCAGGAAAUUGAUCUACACAAAGGUCACCACGGCCCCAUAUGGAGCAUCAGUUUUUCACCCGAUGGCAACCUUUAUUCUACCGGUAGCGAAGACGGCACCAUUAAGCUAUGGAAGAACUGCACCGGCCCAUAUGGCCUCUGGCGUGCUAAUGGUGUCGACUAA